GGUCACGUGACGAGAUACGACAGGGGCAGCCAUUUUGGCAGUCAUCGCGGCAGUAAAUUGACAGGCACUGGCAGACUGUCAAGGAUGGUGGAUAACUGCUGUGCACCAGGUUGCACAAAUAGGCGUGGGAAAAAGAAAGGUGUAUCGUAUUAUCGCAUUCCUAAAGACGCGGAGAGGAGGGAGAAGUGGAUUGGAGCGAUUAAAAGAGCCAGGAGCCUUCAGAAAAAGACUGAAAGAUGGGACCCCCCGGCCGUUGGCUUUCGCUUAUGCAGUGAUCACUUCAUAUCAGGGAGAAAGAGUGAUAAUCCGUUGAGUCCGGAUUUUAUCCCCUCAAUUUUCGAUUACCUUCCAUCUCCAGAGAAGAGGAGACAUAAAACGAGACUGGAGGUUUUUAACAGAAGGCAGAAGGCUAAACUGCACAAAGUAGAGCAGGCAAAGAUAUCUGCAGAAGCCAUCCGUCAAAGGACAUCAACUGAUGCAGCCCCAGAAGACCAUAUCACAGAGCCUUUGAAGGAGCCCCCCAUCACAGAUCCGUUGGAAGACUCAGCCGAUGAUCCUGUCCAGCCUGAACCAGUAACACCACCAUGCACCUCUGAAACCUGCUGUACCCGCAUCCAGAGUCUUGAGCAAGAAUGCCAAGCUCUAAGGGCUGAAAAUGUGUUGUUAAGGGAAAAGAUUAAUAGGAAGACCCUGACAGAGAUUAGUUUAAAUAACAAUGAUAAAAAGGUGAAUGUCCUCACUGGGCUGGCAACCUAUGCAUGUCUCAUGACCAUUUUUCAAUAUCUGGCUCCAUUUCUCAAAGUUAAAUCAUCAAUAACAUGUUUUCAACAAUACAUGUUGACUUUGAUGAAGCUUCGAAUGAACUUAACAUUUGACUUUUUGGGUUUUUAUUUUGGCAUCGACCCAACUACUGUCUCCAGGCACUUCAAAAACUGUGUUAAUUUGAUGUAUUGUAGACUGGUGCCAAGCCUAGUGGUGUGGCCUGAAAGAGAAUCUUUAAGAACAUCUCUUCCAUAUGUAUUUAGAAAUGGUGACUACGAGAAGACUGUUUGUAUCAUUGAUUGCUUUGAAAUAUUUCUAGAGAAACCAAGUAGAUUGCGACCCAGUGCGCAGUGUUACUCAAGAUACAAAUCACAUCACACCAUGAAAUAUUUAAUUGCCAUUUGCCCUCAAGGUUCAAUUUGUUUCAUUUCUACUGGAUGGGGAGGUCGCACCAGUGAUAAGUUCAUUACAGAACACAGUACUUUUUUACCUAAUAUUCUCCCAGGGGAUGUUGUUUUGGCAGACAGGGGGUUUCUGGUGAAAGAGUCUGUUGAAAGGUGUCAGGCUGAAUUAAAAAUUCCAGCAUUUACUCGUGGAAAAACACAGUUAGAUCCUGCUGACAUAGAGAAUACAAGAUCUCUAGCCUCUUUAAGGAUUCACAUCGAAAGAGUCAUAGGAGUACUUCGUCAGAAAUAUACUAUCUUACAAAGCACUGUGCCAAUAACUUUCACCACCCAUGGCUUUAGUUGACUUUCAUUAAGCCUUUGGGAGUGAUUAACCUAUAUGAAAUUCCAAAACAGAUAAAUAAAGGUAAAAAACGCCAGCCACUUUGGUUGAGUACGAUCAAAAAUACAAACUAGCAAGUUACAGAUGCACUGCAGUAGCUAUCCAAGCUAAAAAACAUGCUAACGUGACACUUCCGUAGCUAGCCAAGCUAAUAAACAAACAAUGCUAACGUGACACUGCCUAUCAAACUGGAAUAAUUUAAUACUUACCCUUGCAGUGAUGAUGCCGAAGUUUUUGGAUGUAAGACUCCACAGUUGAAUGUUGUUUACGAAGCCGGACUGACACCAUUUGUAAGCCUCCAAGCUUUUGUACGCUCUGAGGGAGUCUCCUGAGUACACUGAUGGAAAGCUUACAAGAUAGCUGUGGAUGUCUGCGUAGCGCAAGUCGGGUACAUCGUCUUCAGAGCAGGAGGUUAUGCUCUUGAAAAGCACACCGGGUGAAUUAUAUGGGUCGCUUAUAUUUAAUCUCUCUAAUUUUGUACUAUAAAGCCGAAUUUCACUUGAAUUAAAAUGAGAAGUAUACUCGCUCGGUAAGAAAACACUGGCACCGGUGGUCAUGUUGACUGCCAAAAUGGUGGCUCCCAACCAAAAGUCACGUGACCGCAGGAGCUCUAUAUUUAAGUUGCAUUCUAAAGUAUAUGAUACAGAAGAUGAAGAAGAUUCAACUUUAUUGUCAUUGCACAGAGUACAAGUACUAGGACAACGAAAUGCGGUCUCUGCAUUUGACCCAUCCUAGUGUUAGGAGCAGUGGGCUGCCAUUAUGUACGGCGCCCGGGGAGCAGUGUAGAUAACCAGUGUCUUGCUCAGGGACACCACGGUGGCACUUGGUCUUUCGGGGACUUGAACUGGUGACCUUCCAGUUCCCAGGCCAAGCCCCUAUGGACUUCGCCACCACCGCCCUAUACACUGGAAUAACCUUUGUUGUUGUUUCUUUUUUAUGAUUUGUAAACGUAUAUAAUUUCUGUAAGCACAAAAUGAUAUGCAUUGGAAAACAUAUUGUUCUUAUUUUUUGAUACUGUGAGCCAUGUUCAUCUCUCUGAAUGUUUUCACAUUUCCAUACAUCCCUACCUGUCUGCACAGCACUCCACCUUAUAAUAAAAUAUUACGCAGUUUGUCAUAAAUUGCAUAUUCAUUGUAUUGUUUUUUUUUAAAUUAUUUUGUAUAUUUAUAUUUGGUGAAAAUACUUGUCUUUAUUCUUUUUAAUAUUAAAUACUUUUAAAAUAUA